AUGAAGACCCCCACAGCCCUGUUCUUCUUGGCUGCCGCCCUCGUUAACGCGGUCGACAUGGCGCCCUACAAACCCGCCGCGGACGUCGACGCGACGUUUGCCAAGUUCGUGGAAGAGUACUACCUCACAUCGGAAGACAAGGACGCAACUACCUCGUUCACCAACUUCUGGCCAGCCGACGGCAAGCUCAUCAUCGCGGGACGCACGUUCGUCGGGUCCUCGGCCAUGCUGGGCGUCAAACAGUCGCUGCUCCCGCCGGGCGGGAACAAGUCGUGGUGGCACCUGAUCCGCGGCGCGACUGUGGCAGGGGAGACGGAGGCGGAGAAAACAUUUGUUGCAGAAAUUGUGAUUCAGACCACCUAUAUUGGAGGGAACUGCUCGCAGGCGUAUGGUAACGCGAGCUUUACUAUCCUAAAGGACGCGCAAAGCACGCCGAGGCUGGAGCCGCACUCGGAGAGCUUGAGUGUGUACAACCUGACAGUGUCGACGACAUAUUCUCCCACGGACAUUGCAUGCAGCUCAUCCUGA